CUAUUUAUAACAACCUACAAGUGUCAUGUUUCCUACGGCAGAGAGCGUAACUACACGUUAUUGUAUUAGUCAGACAAGUUUUCCCUCUUUUUUGAACACUUUUGUUCUGAUAUAGGUGUUAACACUAAUCCGAAAUGUCGAAUGUCACCUAUCACAUUUCCAACCUGCUGGAAAAGAUGACAUCCACUGACAAAGAUUUUCGGUUUAUGGCCACCAAUGACCUUAUGAUGGAGCUGCAGAAAGAUUCCAUAAAACUAGAUGAGGAGAGCGAGAGGAAAGUGGUAGCCAUGCUCCUGAAGCUUCUAGAAGAUAAAAAUGGUGAAGUUCAGAACCUUGCUGUUAAAUGCCUAGGUCCUCUUGUAAGCAAAGUGAAGGAAUACCAGGUUGAGACUAUGGUGGACACCCUGUGCUCCAACAUGGUCUCAGACAAAGAGCAGCUCCGAGAUAUCUCUAGCAUGGGGCUAAAGACGGUUAUCGCUGAGCUGCCCCCAGCCUCUGCAGGGGUAUGUCUGACUGCUAAUGUUUGUAAAAAGAUCACAUCUCAGCUUAUUGGUGCCAUGGGUAAACAGGAAGAUGUAUCUGUGCAGCUCGAAGCCUUGGACAUUCUCUCUGAUAUGCUGGCAAGGCUAAGCGGCACUCUGGUGAGCUUUCACCAGUCCAUUUUGUCCAGCCUGCUUCCACAGCUGACCAGCCCCCGCAUGGCAGUUAGGAAGCGUGCCAUCAUUGCCCUGGGUCACCUGGUGCCCAGCUGCAACCCUGCUCUCUUUGCUCAGCUCACUGAGCAUGUCAUAGCGGAGCUGGCACAUGGGUCUUCUGCCACUAAUGCCCAUACCUACCUCCAGUGCCUUGCAUCCAUCAGCCGACAAGGGGGACACAGAAUUGGUGAGCACCUGGAGAAGAUUAUGCCAAUGGUGGUAAAGUUCUGUUCUGUGGAGGAUGACGAACUCAGGGAGAAUUGCUUUCAGGCCUUUGAGGCCUUUCUUCGCAGAUGUCCCAAGGAAAUGUCUCCUCACAUCACCAUGGUAAUUAAACUGUGCCUAAAGUAUAUUGCCUACGAUCCCAACUAUAACUAUGAGGCAGAUGACAACCAUGAGGAAUCCAUGGACACUGGCAGUGCAGAGGAUGAAGACCAGGAAUCUGAUGAUGAAUACAGCGAUGAUGAUGAUAUGAGCUGGAAGGUGAGACGUUCAUCUGUAAAGUGCCUGGAGGCAGUGAUCAGCAGCCGGAGAGACAUGCUGGCGGAGCUGUACAGGUCUGUCUGCCCAACACUGGUAUCCCGUUUCAGGGAACGGGAGGAGAAUGUGCGCUCAGAUGUUUUUCUUGCCUUUGUGGCCUUGCUGAGGCAGACUAGACCCCCCUAUGGCUCCACCUUGGAUCCUGGCAGUAAGGAGGAUCUGGCAGUCACUCUUUUGAAGAAGCAGGUGGCCACAGUAAUAAAAGCCCUACACAAACAACUGAAGGACAGAAGCAUGAAGUCCAGACAAGGCUGUUUCAGUAUACUAACAGAGAUGGCUACUGUACUUCCUGGAGCCUUAGGGGAGCAUAUUCCUGCCUUAAUUCCUGGUAUUGUUUACUCCCUCACAGAAAAGUCCACCUCUACAAACAUGAAGAUCGAUGCUCUCUCCUUCCUACAUGUCCUUCUAUCUAGCCACACUCCAGAGGUCUUUCACCCACACAUCAAAGUCAUCCUGCCCCCUGUGAUUCACUGUGUUGAAGACCCUUUCUAUAAAAUCACAUCUGAAGCCCUUCAAGUGACUCAGCAGAUAGUAAAGAUGUUGCGACCCCUGGACAAACAGUCCUCCUUUGAUGCAAAGCCCUUUGUUAGGGAUGUGUUCACCAGUACCUUGAAGAGAUUGAAGGCAGCAGAUAUUGACCAGGAGGUGAAGGAGAGGGCCAUUUCCUGCAUGGGCCACAUCAUCAGUCACCUAGGUGACCAGCUGGGUGGAGACCUUCAGCCAACCCUGCAGAUCUUUCUAGAAAGAAUAAAGAAUGAAAUCACCAGGCUUACAGCAGUGAAGAUGUUGUGCCUCAUUGCUGCAUCCUCACUUAAGGUAGACCUAAGGCCUAUCUUGACUGAAGGGAUCCCAAUUCUUGGUUCCUUUUUACGAAAAAAACAGCGCGCCCUUAAGUUAAAUACAUUAACAGCCCUGAACAUCACUGUCACAAACUACAGUGACUGUUUCAAGCCUGCUAUGAUAGAAUCUGUGUUGAGUGAGUUACCUGCCUUGAUUCAGGAAAGUGAUAUGCACGUAUCCCAAGUGACUAUUAUGCUUCUCACCUGCAUGACCAAAGUUUGCCCAUCCUCAUUAGGCAAGAUAGGAGGUGCCAUCUUGCAUGAAGUGAUCAACCUGGUGCACUCUCCAUUACUACAAGGAGGUGCCCUUUGUUCCAUAGUUGAGUUUCUCCAAGCCCUUGUGUUGACCAAGACCAGCAACGCAGGCUACAGGGAUCUUAUAAAGGCUUUGACAGCUCCUUUCUAUAAAGCCAAAUCAGCUGACUCCAUGUCUGUACACAGGCAGUCCUAUUACUCAGUGGCAAAGUGUGUGGCAGCACUGAGCUCUGCAUGUCCCAAGGAAGCUUCUGGAACAGUCACCAACCUCAUUCAAGAGGUGAAGAAUCAGAAGACAUCCGAGUCUGUGAGGAUCCUAUCAUUCCUUUGCCUUGGGGAAGUUGGGCGUUCCACGAACCUGGGAGGACACAAGGAACUUAAGACGGUUGUCAUGGAAGCCUUCAGCUCCCCAAAUGAAGAGGUGAAGUCUGCAGCAUCAUGUGCCCUCGGCAACAUUUGCGUCGGGAAUCUGGAGGACUACCUGCCAUUCCUGCUUAAAGAGAUUGGUGGCCAGCCUAAGAAGCAGUACCUGCUUCUUCAUUCCCUGAAGGAAGUGAUCAGUGCUUUGUCAGCUGAGAGUCUCAAGCCUCAUGUGGAGAACAUUUGGUCUCUGCUCUUCAAGAACUGUGAAUGUGCUGAAGAGGGCACUCGUAAUGUUGUGGCUGAAUGUUUGGGCAAACUCACACUGAUUAACCCAGCCGAGCUCUUGCCUAGGCUUAAGAAGCAAUUAUCCUCAGGCUCUUCAUUUGCUCGCAGUACCGUUGUGACAGCUGUGAAAUUCACCAUUGUAGACCACCCUUUGCCUAUUGACUCCAUUCUUAUGGGGUGCAUAGGUGACUUCCUGAAAACGAUCCAAGACCCUGACCUCAAUGUGCGGCGUGUUGCCUUGGUGAUGUUCAACUCAGCUGCCCACAAUAAGCCCGGCUUGAUACGUGGUCUCUUGACCACAGUCCUCCCUAACCUCUACAAUGAGACACAGAUCAGGAAAGACCUCAUUCGAGAGGUGGAGAUGGGCCCUUUUAAACACACAGUGGAUGAUGGGCUAGAUGUGCGUAAGGCAGCCUUUGAGUGUAUGUACACUCUCCUGGACAGCUGCCUGGACUGCCUUGACAUCUUUGAGUUCCUUGACCAUGUGGAAGAGGGCCUGAAAGACCACUAUGACAUUAGAAUGCUGACAUUCAUAAUGCUGGUCAGGCUUGCUUCACUGUGCCCAGCUGCUGUGGUGCAGAGGUUGGACAGGCUGGUGGGGCCUCUCAGAGCUACAUGCACCACAAAGGUGAAGGCCGGCUCGGUAAAGCAGGAGUUUGAGAAGCAGGAGGAGCUGAGGCGCUCAGCCAUGCGUGCAGUUGCAGCACUCCUCUCCAUUCGUGACGUGGAGAAGAGCCCAGCAAUGGCAGACUUUGCCAACCAGAUCAGAAGCAAUGUGGAGAUGGCAACCAUCUUUGAAAGCAUCCAAAGAGACACCAUGUCAGGGGCUGUGGAAUCUAUGGAUACUAGUUAAGAUAUCUAGGCAAGAGGGGCACUACAGUGGAAAUGUCAUUAAAGGUGGAUAUAUUGGAAGGCUUCUAUUUAUGUCAUGGAAUAAGUUAUGAUUAAAUAAUAAAGCUUAAUGCAUCCUUACUUUC